CAGUAAGUUCUAAUCCAUUUUCAUUUCAGUUUUCUUUUACCUUAAAUCUUCCCUCUUUAUGAAAUUAGGUCAAAACCUUGGUACCCCAUGGCUAAACCUUCAUCCUUUCUCCUAAAUUUCCUUAGGCAAAACCCUAGAACUGCCCAAAACCCUAAUACCCAAAUUAGAUAUCUCACUAUAGAAUCCAAAGAAACUAGUUUUAUCGUGAAGGAGUCUUUAGAGAAUCAAAAGCAAUGUAAAGAACUAUUGAAUGAUUCCAUUAGUGAAUCGGAUUUAGCCAUUGUUAAACAAGUUUCCAAGAUUACUAGAACAAUGCCUAGAUGGGAGGAAACUCUACUUUCAAUUUUUCCCUCUUUCAAUUUCUCUGAACCGUGGUUUUUUCGUGAGCUUGUGAUCCAGCAAGAAAAUGUUUUCUUCUCGCUGCAUUUCUUUCAUUGGCUGCGGUCGAGGUACGAGUUUUCGCCGGACUUUGAUUCCUGUAAUCUGCUAUUUGAUAAGCUUGUAGAGGCUAAGGCCUGCAAAGCAGCAAGAAAUUUUCUUCAUCAGACCGGUCUUGACCCCAAGCCGCAUUCUUUAGAAUGCUACUUAAGAUGUCUUUGUGAAAACAAAUUGGUUGAAGAAGCUGUUGAUGUGUUAUCCAUCUUGAAUAAGAUUGGUUAUUGUCCAUCAAUAGCAACUUGGAAUUUAGCAUUAUUGGCCUGUCUUAGGGUCGGUAGGAACGAUCUUUUCUGGAAAUUGUAUCAGGAUAUGAUAGAAUCUGGUGUCGGGGCUAAUAUUGAUGUUGGGACCCUUGGGUGUUUGAUUCAAGCAUUUUGUAUUGAUGGGAAAGCUUCGAAAGGUUUCGAGCUUCUUCAGCAGAUUUUGGUUGAUGGUUUGGUGCCCGAUACGGCUGCUUUUCGAAAAUUGAUUGCUGCCUUCUGUAAGACCAACAACUACGGUAGAGUAUCCCAACUUCUUCACACAAUGAUUGCUACAGGUCGUGCUCCAGAUAUACAUACAUAUCAGGAAGUCAUCAAUGGACUCUGUAAGAACAAAAAGUGGCUGGAAGGUUUUCGGAUUUUCAAUGAUCUCAAGGAUAGAGGGUAUGUUCUGGAUAGGGUCAUGUAUACAACAAUGAUUCACGGACUAUGUAAGAUCGGGAGCCUCAGGGAAGCCAGAAAGCUUUGGUUUGAGAUGAUUAAUAUGGGAAUGCUUCCGAAUGAAUACACUUACAGUGCACUGCUUUACGGGCUUUAUAAGGUUCAUGACCUCAAAGAGGCAAAGAGGCUAUAUAAGGAGAUGCUCGAAAAAGGUUAUGGUGAAACAACCGUGAGUUACAAUACCAUGAUUGCAGGGUUUUGUUUCCAUGGAGAGACGGAUGAGGCUUAUCGUUUAUUCAAAGAAAUGCCUCAAAAGGGCAUUGUUCGUGACGUAAUCACAUUUGAUCAUCUGAUCCGGGCCUUUUGCAUGAAAGGGAAAGUUGUUGAGAGUCUGGAUUUGCUUCACGAACUCUUAGCACAGGGUUUACAGCCAUCUGCUUCAUCAUAUGCCCCUAUAAUAAAAAAUCUAUGUCGAGCUGGUCACAUCAAAGAAACCCAAAAUUUGUUGAAUGAUAUGCAAAGUAGGAGUGUAGAACUGAAAGUUUGUACUCACGAUCACGUUAUUGCUGGAUUAUGCGAGCAAGGAUAUGUUGCGGAGGGACUGGAAUGGUUCAGAGAGAUGCUGAAGAAUCAACUGAAACCGCAACAAAAGACUCUUGAGAAACUGGUUCGGUGUCUCUCAGAAAGAGAUAGGUUUGAUGAUUCUUUGCUUGUUUUAGAUUUUAUGUUUAGAUUAGGUUAUGCACUUAAUCUCAGCAUAUGCCAUUCAAUUGUUACCAAGUUUUGCCAAAGGAAUGCUCAUCUUGUUGAACCAUGUUUGGAUGAGGUACUAGAAAUAAAUUAAGCAAAGUAUUCUCAGUAAUUUAUGUUGUAAUGCUUAUACUGUGUUUCUUGGACUCAGAAGUGACUGUCAGCAUCCGACACGGAUCUGCUCAAUUUUUUCCCA